AUGGAACCAAAACAACAACCCCAACAACAUAAACAGCAAAUCCCAUCUUCCCCAUUACCAAAUUCAUCAUCCUCUUCGUCUUUAUUACUUCGCGACAUUUCGAAUUACAAAACCCCAAAACCAAAACGCCCAUUUCUAAUAAACCCUAGUUUCGAUGUGGAAUCCCCUUGUUCCCAAUUCUUUACUGCUCUUAAACGAACUCCUAAAUCAUCAAACUCUACCGUUGGUCGCCGCCCUCGAUGUUCCUUUGCUGCUAAAAAACUUAAGGCGAUUGAAAUCGAGCAAUCGAUAUCGUCAAGAAAAACUCAAACCAACAAAGAGAAGUCAUUGAAGUCGUUGGCUAAGUCUCUUACUGUUUGGCUCAAUUUCUUAUUUGAAAACCCCAGGUCUUGUGGAGUUGAGGUAUCAAGAUUCACUGGUGAAGAUUCAUCUGAUGGGCCGUCGGUGGUGUUUUUGGGUGCGAAAAGGGAUAGUGUGUCACACGGUGGAGUUGAGGUUGAUCGAGAAUGGCGUGGGCCAAAGCGUAGGAAGGAUACAUUGUGGGUUCAUAAAGGUGAAAUGGAGAACCAGUUCUCGAGUUCUAUUUAUUCGCGUUUGCAGGCUUCUCUUGGGGAUGUUUGUAGCUUGGAUGACAUGAAAGAGAGAAUGACACUUUACUUGAGCCUCACUAGUUGCAAGGAGAUUUUUGAUGUGAUGACUCAUGUAUCAAAGAAUAUUGACGAAGGAAGACUAAAGAUGAAAGCUCACUGUCCAAUAGUUACUGAUGUUGGAAUGAAAGAGAAGGCCUUGAAGAUCCUAAUGGGUUAUAACCCUGUUUGGCUAAGGAUUGGGCUUUACAUCAUAUUCGGUGGUGAAUCUUUGUUGCCAAAUCCAAACACAGACAUGGAUUCUGAGCAAGAAGUUUCUUUUCUGAAAAUGGUUGCUGAAAAAUUGUUCUUUUCGCAUUCCGGACUAGCAAAAGCCUACAUUUAUAAUAAGUUGGUUGAUGGGUUAUAUAGACCAGGUUACUAUGAAAAACUAGGCAGUGUUAUAUUGAAGAAAUUUUUAUUGCUAGCCCUUAUACUUGAUCGAGCUAAAUCUCAGAGCAGCCUGCCUAUUAGUUAUGGUGUAGAUGGAAUUGAUGGGGGUUCACCUUCUUUAUUCACACCUCGAGCUACCAUCAAAUCAAGCAGUGAAGUUAUAUCAGAUUUCUUAUCAUCGGAUGUCAUGCAUGGAGUCGGUAAUCUUCUAGCACACCUAAUGAUUAUAGGAUACAAGGUUUCUUACCAACAGAAUCCUCUUGUCAAGUAUGUUUUCAAGGUGGCUGAUCUUUUUAACGAUCUUCAAGAUGGAAUUCUUCUUUGUAGAGUUAUUCAACUCUUGCAACAUGACCCCUCUAUUCUUAAGAAAGUGGUUGUUCCAUCAGAUGAUAGAAAGAAGAAUUUGGUAAAUUGUGAGAUUUCUGUACAAUAUCUGAAGCAAAUUGGAGUUCCAUUAUGUGAUGAAGAUGGAACUGAAAUUAUUGCAGAAGAUAUUGUUAAUGGAGAUAAGGAGCUCAUAAUCUCAUUGCUAUGGAACAUGUUUGUUCACUUACAGUUGCCACUUUUGGUCAACAACAAGCUUGUAUCUGAGGAAAUCACCAAAAUCCGUGGACCUGCAGCGGUAUGUCAGAUACUUCCAAACACCUUGAGUCACUUGGAUAUGGUUCUUGAGUGGAUUAAGGCAAUUUGUGAAAAUUAUGAUUUGAUGGUCGAGAACUUUGCAUCAUUGAUGGAUGGUAAAGGCAUGUGGUGCUUGCUUGAUUAUUAUUUCCGAAAAGAACAUUGCAAAGAUAGGUCUAACAAGGUAUGUCCAUUGUCGAUCAUGUCAACUUCAGAUUAUGUCGAUGCAGUGCACAACUUUUUGUUGUCACAAAAGUUGACGACGCUGUUAGGGAAUUUCCCAGAGGUUCUGCAAGUUAGUGAUAUACUUGAAUAUAAAGGUGCAUGCAAUGAGCGAGGUGUGAUCAUUCUGCUGGUUUUUCUUUCAUCCCAACUAACCGUGAAGAGAAAUUUGCAACAGAUAAAUUUUCAUAAACUCUUGGGUCAUGGUCAAAAAUCAGAUAGGAAAUGUAUCAGGCGAGAUCGAGUCCUUGGAAAUCAUGAAGAGCAAUUUACCGUAGAUGAAACUUGUCAACAUGGCAGCAGAGACAAGGAGAGAAAUUUUAAGGCUAUCAUGUCUUGGUGGCAAGAAAUGGCUCAGCAUAACAGCAAAGCUAAUGUGAAACCGGUUUACACAGUUUUACAAAGAUCUACCGCCAAACAAUCGAGCGAUAGCCAACGAGAAAAGGCGGCAAAAAUCAUACAAUCCCAUUUCAGGCGAUCAGUUGAACACCAGAAUUAUACACGAAUAAAGAAGGCAGUUUCUUUUCUGCAAGCUUUUAUGCGGGUUUGGCUAAUGGUGAAGAACACAUCAGCCAUAGGAAAACUCAAUAUGAUCAAGAUUCAAGAACCGUUGUAUGAUGGAACGAAGCUGUCGAAAAGAUUUUCUAAGUAUUUGGUUGAUAGACAUGCUUUCAUUAAGCUCAGGCGUUCUGUAGUUAUCAUCCAACGUGCCAUGAGAUAUUGGACUGCCCAAAAAUGUCAAACAAAUAUUCAAAUGAAGGCGGCAUUAAGAAUUCAAGUGGCUUGGAGAAACCAUGUAAAUGAAUCCAUCCAUAAUCAUCGGCAAUCAGCAGCAACUUUAAUUCAGACUUGUUAUCGUUGUUGGCUAUUAAGGAAGAGUUUCUUGAAUCAGAAGCAAGCAGCAAUAAAAAUUCAAACUUGUUAUCGUGGAUAUAUAUUGAGGAAGAGUUUCUUGAAUAAGAAGCAAGCUAUAACAGUAGUUCAAAGUUACUAUCGUGGAUUUCUAUUGAGGAAGAGUUUCUUGGAUCAGAAGCAAGCAGCCAUAAGAAUUCAAACCCAUUAUCGUGGGAAGAUAUUGAGGAAAAGUUUCGUAAAUCAGAAGCAAGCAGCAACAAAAAUUCAAAGUCAUUAUCGUGGAUGGUUUUCAAGAAACAGCUUCUUGAAUCAGAAGCAAGCAGCGGCAAGAAUUCAAAGUCUUUAUCGUGGAUGGUUUUCAAGAAACAGUUUCUUGAGAAUGAAGCAAGCAGUUACGAAGCUACAAAGGUUGUAUCGGAUUAGAAAAAGUUUGAGGAACUUUGAACACUACAAACUCGAAAUUAAGUCGGCGGUUACUAUUCAGUCACAUGCACGAGGAUGGAUUGCUCGCAGGGUUGCAUUCAGACAUAGAUGCUUCAUCGUGCUGAUCCAAAGCUUUUUCCGCGUUUGGUUGACGAGAAGGGAGUUUGUGUUGCAAAAGGAGGCUGCAAUAAAGAUUCAAAGUGCUUUCCGACGUUUUAAAUGCUUCAAGGCUUUCAAUUGUUAUACAGAUGCUACUAUUGUAAUCCAGCAAUCCGUCAGGGGUUGCAUUGCUAGAAAGAGGCUUUUAGGGGUCUCAUGUCUUCGACAAGGUGCAAGAACAGGCUGCAACCAUGAUGCUCCAAAAGAUUGCUUCGAUAACCAUGAACUUAAGACGUAUGCAAUCAUUAUCCAAUCGGGUGUUCGUGGGUGGAUUGCCAGGAGAAAAACCGCUCAGAAAAGAAGAACAAAAUCAGCAAUCGUUAUUCAAUCUUGGGUUCGGGGGUGGAUUGCUAGGAAAACAAUGGCUCAGAGGAGGCAUCGGAUUGUGUUGAUCCAAUCGUACUGGAAAGGGUAUAUCGAGAGGAAACAUUCAAGAGGAAAGCUAUCGGAUAUACGGUUGAGGGUGCAAAAAUCUGCUGCAAAUGUGGACGACGGCAUGCGAAUUAUAAACAGGCUUAGCGCGGCGCUUUUGGACCUGAAAAACAUGAAGAGCGUUAGUGGCAUUCUUCAUACUUGUGCAACACUUGAUAUGGCUACAAAACACUCUCGGAAAUGCUGUGAGAAGCUCGUGGAUGCAGGGGCCAUCGACGAGCUACUCGGACUAAUUCGUUCCAUUAGUCGAAGCAUUGUUGAUCAACAGGUUCUACGGCACGCAAUUUCUAUUUUUCGAAACCUCACGCGAUAUCCUCAUCUGACUGAUGUCCUCAUUGACACUCGUGGAUCUGGUGAAACGAUUCUUUGGGAAUUCAUACGAAACAAAGAAGACACGUAUUAUAUUGCGGCGGAUCUUCUAAGAAAUAUAUGUUCCAACAAGAAAGGCGUCGAAAGAUUACGCAAUCUACACGCUUUGGUAAAGAGAUUGUAUAAUCUUGUUGAAGAUCUUAAAAGGAAAGCGGGAAACGAGAAGAGGAAUCCACGAAAUCUAGCGAUGAUGGACCGAAGGUUAAAAGAAGCCGCUCAAAUCUUGAAACUAAUAACGAACGGUUAAGAAGAUAUACUCCAACUCGGAGUUCUCGUGGUUUUUGUUGUUUUUAGUUUCUAGAAGUCUUGUUUUCUUGCAAGAAAUCUAGUUUCAUGAACAUAGAAUUUGUUGUGUUGAUUAGAG